AUGGCGGAGUUGAUCCCCUUUGUAGCUCCCACCGGCGGUGAUAAAACUUUGGUAGUGUGGGAGUUGAGCUCUGGGCCAACGGCCGAAGACUUACAUCAUUCUCUGUUCACUGUGUUCUCCAAGUUUGGCCUUCUGUAUUCAGUCCGCGUAUUCCCAAAUGCUACAGUGGCUCAGCCUGGCUUCUAUGCCAUCAUCAAGUUUUAUUCAGCAAGGGCUGCUCACAGAGCCCAAAAGGCAUGCGAGUGGAACCAACUUCUUCAGAAAUCUCCAAUGAAGGUUCAUCUCGGCACCAAUCAUAAAGCCAUUCAACAUCAGGCCCCUGCCCUAAAUGGCUCUCGAUGCCAAGAACUUGCAAAUUACUACUUCGGUUUUAAUGGAUGGUCAAAAAGAAUUAUUAAGCUUCAGGAUCUCUCUGACCUUGAAGAAAGUGAAAAUGAAGAUACAGCAGCAGCUCAGAUGCAAAGCCUGAAGUUCUUCUGUGCUCUAGAGGUGGUGUUGCCAGCCUAUGAGUGCAGGAGUCCUGGAGUUGGCAUGGCAGAGGAGCCUUUAAAUAAGCAGGAAGAAGGGCCAUUAUCAUUGCUUAUGAAAAGGAAGAUAACACAGAAGCUUGCCAUUCAGAGGGCUUUGUCAGAUGCAUUCCAGAAACUAUUGAUUGUGGUUUUAGAAAGUGGUAAAAUAGCUGUGGAGUACAGACCCGGUGAAGAGAUCAUAGAUGCCAGAACCGAAGAACUACAGGUUUAA